UAAUAAUAGAUGAAUCAAUUACGAGUACACCUGUAUUGUAUAGCUUGUAUAGAGAGAAUAUUGCAUUAGAAUAUAGGAUACUCUACUAUUAUGUUCUACUCAUAGGGAAGGAAAUUGGGGUCUACAGAUGGAGACCAAUGUCCCAUAAACCAAUUGUGACAUCGUUGAUGAUGAAUCAGCCACGACAUAUAACGUUACACACCGUGCCAUCACUCUAUUCUUUGUAACUAUUUAGGUACCAACGUUAACAUGGCUACAAGUUAUUCAAGCGUGGCAGGAAACGUGGCAUGGAUAUUGGCAGUGAUCGUUGUGCUAGUCCUAGUGCUUCUUCUAAUUUGUCUGUGCUGUACGCGCAUGAAGAGAAGACAGAAAAAUCAAAACACAAACUUUGGCAGUGUUGUCGCUACAAUAUCUGGAUCGACUUAUCCAGUUAAUUUUACACACCCCGAUGAUUGGUUACCUCUCUUAAAGCAAGUAUUCACCGUUGGUGAAUUUGGUUUUAACCCAGCUGCAAUUUCCCGGGGACUUAGUUUCCCAAGCGACCAGGAGGGAACGCUCGUUAUGCAAACAGAAAAUGUUCCUAACAGUCAUCCCACUCAUGGUGCUAGGGGCAAAUUAGGAUUUCUCCAAGGAAAACACGUGUGGGAGAUCAUAUGGCCUCCAGAAUGCCGAGGCUACAAUGCAACCGUUGGCAUAGGAACAGUCAAUGCCGCCCUCUAUAACAGUGAAAACGUCAGCCUUGUUGGGUUUAAUCUUCAUUCGUGGGGCUGGAACCUCACCUCUAAAUGUAUUAUACACUGUAAUCAAAAUGAUCGCUGGUAUCCUGGGAAUAAUGACGCUAGCUUUGAAGUCCCUGAAAAAUUCUUUGUUUACCUGGAUAUGGAUGAAGGCAUCCUGGGAUUCGGGACACGUGACGAGUAUUGGGGACCUGCAGUAUGGGGACUGAAAGGUGGGAAACUACCUCUCUUUCCAAUGGUCGGAAUCUCAUGUCCGGGCGGCCAUGUACAAAUGUUAUAUACAGGAUCAGUACCUAAUCACGAAGCUCAGCUUUCGAAUGAUGCAUCACAGAAGUAUGUCGCAAAGGCAGCUCAAGGAGUGACUGCAUUUAGCAGUGAUGGAACAGUAUCAAAUAUUGCUCCGCCAUCAACCAGCUCUACUUUUGGUGGAUCAAUGAUGGCCAAUCUCCGUCGAUCUUUCAGAAGAUUAUCAAAAAGAACACGAAAACCAGCCAAUUCGAGUCAGCAGACAGGACAACCACCGCAUUUAGCUGAAACAGCGAGAGUUCAAUACAAUCCAAACACUGGAACACUGGACUAUAACCAGAGGUUACCAACGCAAGCGUCACCUGGUGUGCAAACACAAAACAUUGGUCACGUGACUCGUCAAAAUCAACCACCAGGUGGCGCGAGUGGAAAUAUUCAUCAUGGUGCUAAUUCCAAUAUGAACGGCAAUAGCUCGUAUCCUAAACUCUACCAGUAUAAUAAUGGUUUGGGGGCACAGGAUAACCCUUUACAAUCAAGACCAAUAGAACAUCAAUAUCCGAAUAGUCACCAAGCUGCAGCUGUACAUUAUCCUCAGCCCACACAGGCCACCGAUCCACAGGGUUAUACAACUCAGACACUCAACCCUGUCAGUCUAACUAGACCAGGGGGCUAUACACACGGGCAGCAAUCCCAAAUUAAUCUACAAACCGAAUCUGGGACUUCGUAUGCACCCCAGUAUUCUGGAGAUUCCCAAUAUAGCCCCCAGCAACAUGCCAUGAAUAUAACACCAACAAACCUCAACAGUGAUAGGAAUAUGAGAAUCGACAGACCACCAACUUAUAUAUGAUGAGAGUACUAUGCCUAUUGAAUCUGGUAUCUGAAGGAUUGCGUAUUGUAUGCAUCAAUGUACAUUGUAUAAGUGGUUCUUUAAUACUUGGAUCUUAGUAUGUAUAUCGAACGGAACUGCCAAUUUAGUAUAAUGCCUGUAAAUUUGCAAGCGCCAUUCUGAUACCCUUAGCAUCUUUCUGUUCAACCAGAAAGGCUAAGAAAUGAGAUGUCAUGGUUUCAUGAUGGCGAGCGCGGAGUUCCAGGUAACCCGUUCGUCUUACGUAUAAAUGUACCUUCAAUUGGACACUAGAAUGCUCACUACAAAAAUAAUUCAAUACCUAUUUAUAGAAGUCAGUACAUCGCUCAGUGACCAUCACCAAUAAUCGCAAUUUAUGGCCGAUAUAACUUC